CUGCAAAGAGCAUGCUUUCACCUUUAGGAUUGUCUAUGCUUCUUGAAGUCACCCUGGAUUACUCUUUUGGAUAAAACAGGUGGAUGAUAUGGAGUGCGUGCAGGCCGUGCUAUAGAGAGCUCAAUGUCACAUGACCUGGAUGCUGCUAAUGUGCUUAAAAACUGAAGAGAAUGAAGAGACGACAAUAAAAUGAAGAACAGAAGUGGGGUGGAAAAGUAACCCUGAUGUAAAGACCCCUCGAGACUUACGUCAACGGACACAAUGACGACCUGGAAUUGAGUGAAAACCCUCACUCUAUUUGGACAAAGACAUUAUAAUAUCUCAUGCAUGAUUUAUAUGCUGGGACAUUUUACUACUUAUGACUAAAUAAAUGAUACAGCUGCAUACAUUGCCUUCUAAGGUGCCAGCGGCACACAGAUAGUUUGAGCCACUGAUUCACUGACAGUGCUAGAUGAAGAUGGAUAGAUAGUGUUUCAUCCAGUAACUGGAGAGUGCUUAAUGAGCUGCUGUGUAAGCAGCUUUAUAUCUGGAUGAUUGACGUUAGAUAGCAUUUUAACUGACCAACAAAAGCACGCCAGACAUCCCUAGAUGUGCAACUGCAGAUAGCAGUAGUUUGGGGUUUUAUUGAGCUUGUGAAAGGCCAGGUAGACGGGGUAGUUUUGAUCGUACAAUGAAUCCUAGAGACAGUGUGGAGGUGAUGGAGACCCAGGCGGGAGGGAAGGAGAAGCUAGUUGGAGACCAGGUCCAAAACGAGGUUGAUGGUGAAGAUGACAAAAUACCCGGGUCAUACGACUGCAAUGUCUGUGGACGCAGCUUCCCGUUCCUCAGCUCCUUGUCCCAGCAUAUGAGACGCCACACUGGUGCGCGCCCUUACAAAUGUCCCUACUGUGACCACAGGGCCUCUCAGAAGGGCAACCUCAAAGUUCACAUCCGCAGCCACAAACUGGGCACGCUCUCCAGCCACCACUCCAAUGACGAUGAAGAGGGAGUGGCUGAGGAGGAGGAGAUGAGCGUUUCAGAGGGUCUCGACGGAGGUACGAGUCCAACUAAGAGCAGCUCAGCCUGCAACCGGAUGAUCAAUGGGGAUAGUGGUGAGGAGGGUAGGAGGAAAGUGCCUGGGAGGAGCCUGAAAAGAGAGAAGGUUGUGACCGACAAGAGGCCUUACUGUUGCCGUCUGUGCGGCUACGAGGCUAAUCGAGAAGACCAGCUCCUCAGCCAUAUUGAAAAGGUCCACAUAACAGCAGACACAGAGGAGGAGGCCACUGUUAAGGAAGAGGCUAUGCCCGAACCUGAUGUCGCCCAACCCCAGAGUGAUGGGACCUUCCCCUGUGAGACCUGUGGCCAGGUCUUCACCCAGGCCUGGUUCCUGAAGUCACACAUGAAGAAACAUGCAGGGAUCCUGGACCACUGCUGUCGUAUUUGCGGGAGGCGGUUCCGCGAAGCUUGGUUCCUCAAAUCGCACAUGAAAACCCACAACACCAAAUCCAGGUCACGGUCAAAAACAGAGUCCGCUGAGCAUCCAGCCACCAUUAAUGACGUGGCCCAGGAUCCUGAAAUUGCCAAUGGUUCUAUUACAUCCAUCUAUCAAAUGUGUUCCAAAUGUGGGAACCUGUUCCACAACAGAGAGAGUCUGAGGGCCCAUGAUAAAAUCCACAGUGUCAGCUAUGGAAAGAAAUCCCAGAGCCAAUGCGGACUUGGUGAUGAUGAAGACUCACCAGCUGCUAAGAGACGUUUUAUUGACUACUUAAACCUCCAGCCUGUUGAGCAAAAGACCCUGACUGAAGAAGAGGAGAGUGAGAAGAAGAUGCUAGGUCAAAGAAUCCCAGAGCUAGAUCCAGUUUGCAGCUACCAGGCCUGGCAAUUAGCUACUAAAGGAAGGGUUGUUGAGCCAUUGGAGCAGAGUUACAAGGCCUCCUAUGGAGGAGGAAGUAUGGGGGAGGAGGCCCUCGCUGGAGCUUCUGUGGUUUUUGAAAAGGAGAGCAGCCGUUAUGUCCUGAAAGGUCAAGAGAAACGCAGCUCAGGCCGACGCAGCAGCUCAGGUUUUGGAAGCCAUGCUUCUUCAGGGGACCGGACACCAGAGAGCCUCAGCGACUCCGAGUACCGGCCUUCGUCUCGCCAGGACCGACGGCGUCCAUCCUCCUCCAAGUCCAACGAGUGCUUUGAGUGCGGGAAGGUGUUCCGCAGUCGCCACCAGAUGAUCGUCCACCAACGGGUCCACAGGAAGGAUGGAGGUAGGGCAUCCGCGGGUGACAAGGAGAGAGCUACAAGAGACGACCGAUGGGGCUCCACCAGUGAUCCAGAGUCGGGCUCCCCUAGCCGGCCCAGCACCCCGGGGUAUGGAGACUCUCCACCAGCCUCCACCUAUGGAAACCAGGCCUCAGAGAUGGGUACCGCAAACUCUGGAGAGAUGGCAGAUGAGAAGCCUUACAUCUGCAGCCUUUGUGACUUUGUCACCUCAGAGUUGCAGGCCUACUUGACUCAUGUUCGUGUCCAACACCCGGCUGCCCCCAGAGAUCGACCGAGCCCCAUUCCCAGCCCCAGCUCCAGCUCGGACAGAGGCACCCCAAGUGGUUAUCCCAAGCUGAAGAAAGCUCUCCUUCAGGGGUUGAGCAACUCUGCAUCCCCCCCUGAUUACCUAUCGGCUCGAUCCUCCCCGCUCAAUCCCAGCCUGACCCCCGUGGAUCUAUGUGUGAGGGCUGAGGGCUGCAGGGGCAUUGAUUCCCUAACCCAGGACAGGAAGAGCCUCCCAAGCCACAAGUGCUCCUUCUGCUCCCACUCCACCCGCUACCCAGAGGUGCUCUGGAUGCACCAGACUGUGGCUCACCGCAUCAACAGCAGCAGCUCCAAUAUUGCUCCUAAAUGGGCCCUGAAAAACAGCUCCAAGGGCUCCAGGGACAACUCCUUAUCCUCCAGGAGACGCACUGGUCCCCCUCCAGUCCUGGAAGGGAAGGAAUGCCCACCGCUGCCUCCACUGAUGCGUGCCCAACGUACCCGGCCUCCGACCUACUCCAGCGAAGUUCUAAAGAAGGGCAGGCCAGCCAGUCAGGCUGCCAUGCCAUCAUCAUCGUCCUCCUCUACCCCCUCCUCCUCAUUUUCCAGAGGCUCCUCAUCCACCUCAGGCACCCAAGCUGGGAGAGUCCCCGUCCGGCCAGGCAGCAGCAGCAGCAGCAGCAACAGCAGCAGUAGUGUCAGACACGUGGAGGACCAGAGUCAUCAGUCUCGCUUCAGACCCAAAGUGGAUAUGUACCCUCGGGGAGGCUCAUCGUCUUCCUCCAGCUCCUUGGAGAAGAACACCGGUGCACUUUCCCGAUCCUCAGCCCCGAGCCCAAGCUCUGCUGCUGCAUCCCGGAUCACUGACCGCUACUUGAUCCCUCAAGAGGGCCUCGGCUUCAUGCUGUCCAGCAAACAUGGCCUAUCAGAGUACAGCCGAGCAAGGGGUUCCCCUCAUCAACCGCUUACCAACUCCCACGGCCAGAGCCGGGCUAACACGACAAGGCCCAGCACCAUCACCCAUAGCUCCACAGCAGGACACAGCUACGGAGCCUCCCAGGCACAUGGAGGCGCUCUGCUGAGCUCUUCCUCCUCCUCCUCCUCUACGUCGUUGCCUUCCGAGGCUCGCGGAGAUGUGAAGCAGGAGCCAAUUGCAGAGACACCAGAUACGCCAACUGACUUCUUUGGAUUUCUCAAAAACUACAACCCCCAUGAGCUGGCUGCCCUCUACCAGCGCUGGGGUACAGCCAAUGCACUGAUGGAUCCCACUGGGAUGCUGAGGUCUCUGAUGCGGCAGGGUCAGUAUUUCUGCCAUGAGUGCGGGAAGAGUUUCAGUCAGCCCAGCCACCUGCGUACGCAUAUGAGAUCCCAUACAGGGGAGAGGCCAUUCUGCUGCCAGCUCUGCCCAUACCGAGCAUCUCAGAAAGGGAACCUAAAGACGCACGUCCAGAGUGUCCACCAUAUGCCUUUUGACAACAGCCAGUACCCAGACACAAGGAGCUUGAUACUAGGCCAUGAAGAGCAAGAACCGCUGGCAGCCAAACACCCACCAAUGCCACAACAACAACAACAGCAGUAGAGACCAUUUGCUAGACCAGGCUCCGGACUUGAGACCAGACUAGUCAGGGAAUCACACACCCCAAAAUCACCACCACUCGUUCCUGAAAGUAGGACCCAAGACUCAUGAUAGACGUUUUGAGACUCUCCUCUCCACCUAUUAUCCUUUAAUGCCCUAAGAAGAAUUUUCAACAAUGAAGGCUCUUGUAGUUUCGGGAUUUUUUCUUUUUCAUAACAAGCUGGAUGAAGCAGUGCUAGGCAAUUUUAAAAUCACAAUGUGGGGCUGCAGCAGAGAAGAGUGUCUUAUUUACUGACAGGAAGAAUUUCUGUUGAAGAGUGAAAUAUAAAGUGUCUCCUCAGCAUGAAAGCUGAUUGAUCUUUUGCUUCUUUAGUUUGUAGGUCGGCAAAAUAAAGCAAAUUGUGUGUAGUUUACAUCAUCUUAAAGGAUUUCUGAAUAUAGAAGCCCUCAAAAUUCAAAGAGUUACCUCUUGCUGCCAUUUCGGAGGUACCAACUCGUGAAGUUGCCCAGCGCAGCUUUAUAGGAAAAGCAAAGAAAAGCUGAACUUGAAUGCAACUGUUAGCGUUUUAAUCAAGGAUUGUUGCAUUGCAUGGCUGCUGUAGUUGCCUCCCUCUUUCCCUUUUUCUUUUCUUUUUUAAAGCUUUAUUGUAUAAGAGUUUGUGCAUUCCUCAGGACACCAAUCAUCAGAGAAAGAUGAGAGAGAAGAUGCUCUGCAAUUCCUCAACAGACAAUUGAUGCGUUGCAAGUUUGUUCUUUCCUCUGGGUUCAUGAAGAUAAAGACUUGCAUCUGCGUGUGUGCGUGUGUGUGUGUGUGUGUGUGUGUGUGUGUGUGUAUUUGUGUCUGCGUGUUAAACUCACUUCCCUCCACUCCAGAGUGAAAUGUUAGGAGUGCAGUGACCACUCUGAGGCUGUGUAGCUGAUGAUUAGAAGGACAUUGAGGGAGUCGGCGAGAGGUUGGAUUAAAGAGAGAGAGAGAGAGAGAGAACGCUAAUGGGGGUGUCUGCUUUAGUGCUCAUUAAAAAGAGUGUGCGUUUUUAAUAGCCUAUAUAAAUGAGCGUACCAUUUUUAUGGUCAUUCAAUUAUUGUCAAUUUAAGAGGAAGGGACUGAGUGGAAGCAGUUUUCCUCCAUAACUCCAUCGCAUUAAGGAGUGUUUCCGACUCCGACACUUCUGACUUUGAGUUUGACUGACUUCAGAACAGUGGGGACGACAGGAAGACGCUAGCUCAGCUUAUGAUUUCACAGAUUGAACUUCAACUUGUGCACUUGCAGAAGAGAAUAUGGUCCUGCAAGUUUUUACCAGCAUAGAUGCAUCUUAAUUUUAUAUCGCUAAAGGACAACUAUGACUUUUUGGCCUGUUGGUUUUUAUGUGAUGAACGCUUUGAUACCAAAACAAACCCAGUCUCUCUGUUAAAAUGCCUGUUUGCGACAUAUAUUCCUCAGCACUAUUGUAACCUGAUUCAAAAACAAAACAUCGACAUGAAGUUAGGUUUAUAUUUUGUGACUUUUCUAAUCUUGCUAAAGUCUGAAAAAUUGUAUUCACUCAGGCCUCUGAAAAUUACUUAAUUUAAACAAUUUGAGAUUGGAAAUUCAGAGCCAGGCUAGCUGUUUACCACUGUUUCCAGUCGUUGUGCUAAGCUAAGCUAACAGGCUGCUUGCUGUAUAUUUAGUGCACACACAUGAGAGUGGUAUCCAUUUUCAUAUCUAAAUCUCAGCAAGAAAAUGAAUUAACUUAUUCCCCAAAAUGUUCCAAACUCUUCCUUUAAAACUGGCAGGUUUGUUGAACAGAUAAAGCAAACAUUUAUUUCAGCAUGUCCAUUGUAUAUCUGCAUGCAUGUCCGACAUAGCAAACAACAAGAGACGCAGAGCGGAUUUUGUUACCAAAGCAUUUAGGAGAAUAAUGAGCCAGACUCCCAUACCGUCGGUCUAAUUUCUAAAAUGGCAAUGUGAAGAUUCGCAUUGUGGGAGGAAAGAGGGAGGAGUUCAGAGAACCGGGGGGAGAGAGAGAGCAGCCAGGAGGUCAGGCUUCCAGAGAGUUCAGGUAUGAUAAGACGAGAUGGAGACGUUUUGAAGCCUAUUGAACUGUCGAGCCGUCACAGCCUAAACACAGUUGUGUGUAAUAGUGUGCAUUUCUAUGUGUAUGUGCAUUCUUUUCAAACCUCUCCAUACUGUAUAAGAGGUUGACUAACUCCUGUGUACUCCAGCCUCCCUCUACCUCCUUUGCAAUGAAAGCCUGUUUUUAAGUUAACAGGCUGGUGUGAAGCCGGUACUGUUCUUUGCUAGGAGGAGAUGCCGUUUUCGUGUCCUGGGCUUUUCUCUCCUCAACGGCUUUGACACAUCGAGGAAAAAGAGGGGAAAAAAGCAAGGCAGUUGAAAGCAGCUCAGACGUACAGAGCAAGAGUGGAACAUGUGUUUUUAUACGCAUAAAAUCCAAAUUUCAAAACAGUUCUAGAUUACGGAGCAUACAGAGUACUGUACUUCCCAUCUAUUUUGAGACCUCAGCAGUUUUUCCCCAUGAUGAUGAAAUGGUUGCUAUACCAGUGGGUUGUUGAGUUAUGCAUACUACGUGGUGUGCUUGAAUAUGCCUAAUAAUACACAAAUGUGUAUAUUGAAGGUGUGGGUAGUGAAAAUACUUGAAAACGGAUACUCUAGCCUUCGAGGUAGUGUAGUACUAAUACCAAUGUUGUACAGAAUUCCCUUUAAGAUUAACUCCUCAGUUAUGAAUUUGUACUCCGAAGUGUGACUUAGAAAAACUAUGAAGCAGGAGUGAGUGUAUAUAUAAACUGUUUAUCUUUAAUCCACUCUUACCAAACCCUUAUAUACAGCGGUAGAAACCAAAUGGCAUUACUAGUGCACUUAGACUAGGUUACUGCUUUAACCGUUUCUCAUUUUGUCCAACUCUAGCUAAGGUUUCUUUGAGAGUGUCUUUUUAAUGGUGCCAGCUAACACACUUCAAUGUCAUUUCUGGUUUAGCGGCUUUUUGUUAGGGUGAUUCCAUAGAUAUUAAUGACAAAUGAUUUGUUCUUCGACGGCUGUGUGGCACAGCUUUUUAGCUUUGUUUCCUCAUUGAAAGUUUGAUAAUGCUAGGUGCAGCAGUGCUUAAUUUUUUCAUAAAGAUGUAAGAGUGUGUUUUUUGUCCUUCUCUUUGCUAAACUGUAGGAUUUGUUCAAUAGCUAGUCAUGGCUGCCCUCCCAGAGGGGCUGGCAGGUGUUGUUCUUAUCUUUUGGUUGGGUUUUUAUCAUGCCUCUUAAGUUGUAUUAUUUGUGUCCGUAUUGCUUUUUUUUAUUUGUUGUGAACUUCAUGAUUAAUUUACCUUAGAAGACAUUAUUAUUCCAAAUGUAUUUGGUUGAUAUCUGUAUUUAUUAUCACUUCAAAAAGGAUUAGAGGACAGAGGCAGACAGGAGCGUUUGUUUAAUUUGAUUUUCUGGGUUGUUUUUGUUUUUAUACUGUGUAGUUUUCAUGCCAGCAACCGAUGUGAAAGCUCUACCUCGUCUGAGCCAUUCUCAGUUCUGUUACACUUUUGUACAUCAUUUCAAAAAGAUGUAAUGUCAUGUCCACAAUAAAAAGACACACAAAAUGGCACCUGUUGGCGGUGUUUCAUCUGGUUUUGCUUGUUUGUUUAAAAUCUACCUCAGCAACUGUGACUGAAGACGUCCAAGUUUAGAUGAAAAAGCUUCACA